AUGCCACUGCCCGCUGAUGCGCCGCCACCGCGACUUUGCAUUAUUGAGAAGCAAGAUGGCAAGACGGAGUACGGCUACAAUUUGCACUCGGAGAAGAAGCGAGGCCAAUUUGUUGGUAUUGUUGAUCCUGGGUCGGCAGCAGAAAGAGGAGGCCUAGUCCAAGGCGAUCGCAUUUUCGCCGUCAACGGCCAUUCGAUUAUUUCGGAAAACCAUAAGAAGGUCGUCGAACGCAUCAAACAAAAUCCGAAUCGCUGCGAGAUGUUGGUGAUCUCGAACGAAGGCGCCCAAUGGUACGCGGACCAUGGAAUUCCGAUCACAUUGGACCUGCCCAAUAUUAUUCGAUGUGGAGACAAGUCCUCAAGUCGUCCGCCAAUCAACGGAAGUCCGCCACCCAACGGAUCAUGGUACGCUCCAACCUAUCCUCAAGUACGUUCCAAAUUCCCAUAUUUGUCAUGUGUCACGCAGCCAUCAAGCAUGGAACGCGAAAACGAGAAGGUUUUGGUGUUGCGCCUCUAUUCGCUUCUCGUAUUCCUGCUAUCGCUAAUCGGCAUCGUGCGUCGGCGACGACAAAAAACCGUCGAAACAUGUGGCGUCCGGCGAAUCGAACACGAGAUGCCGGCGAGCGUCGACGCCGUUGAAAUGAAUGAGGCGUCGGAGGACCGACCGCAGCCACCUCGGCCGCCGUCUCCGCUGCGUCCGUCGCCUCGGCCGCCGCCGCCACAACGAUCGCCGUCUGACCGCCAAUUGCCAGCAAAUGAACAUCGGCGCCACGGCGACGAGGACGAUGAGGAGACCAGCGAGGCAACGGCAGAGGAAAUAGACGAGGUGGCAGUAACAGCGGUAAAAUCGAACCGGCCAUUAUCGAUUCAGCCAUCAUUGGAAAAGAAGGAGGAGGAGGAGGAGGAGGAGGAGGAGCGGCAAGAGGAAGGGGAAUCAUCAUCGCAGUUGAUCAUUGCGGUUAUUGUUGGCGAAGAGGACGGGCUCACUGAAGUGUGGCGACGCGGAAUUCCGAGACUCUCGAAUAAAUCCGAUUCGGUUCGCAUCAAACGGCGCAUCAUGGAUCAUCUUGACGCCGAACAGCAAACGGUGAUGAAAGAAUUUGAUGAAGUUCUUGAUGAACAUGAGACCACCUCAAAAGCUGCUGAAACGCCAGUUUUUGUGCCACCACCACCACCUGUCGAUCAUACAAUGAAGCCGCUGCCGAGAUUGUGCCAUCUUGAGAAGUCUUCGCCUCUUGAUGAGUUCGGAUUCAAUUUGCACGCGGAGAAGAAUCGCGGACAUUUCAUCGGAACCGUCGACGAAGGCGGCAUCGGACAACGUGCCGGACUCGAGACAGGACAGCGAAUUGUUGGUGUCAACGGACAGCUCGUCUAUCCGAACACGCCUCACAAGGAUGUUGUGGCGCUGAUCAAGAAGUCGCCAUUGUCGACGACGCUUCUCGUUGCGUCUGAAGAUGUCGACAAAUGGUACAAAGAGAAUGGCGUUGAGUACUCUUUUGCUCAUGCUGAGAAGCCUCACGAGCCGACGAAUAACAAUGUUAAGUCGAAAGACAUUGAGGCUGUUCAUGAGAAGCCAUCGCUUAGUCCUCAUAGCAUCCAGGUGAACGAGGAACGCGAAAUUGUGACAACUCGAACCGAGGUCAAAUCGACAACCAACUCGUACCAAUAUCAGACUACUAACGAUGUCUACAAUCCGUACUCUGCCGCGGUUGCCGAUGAUGAUCUCAUCAAUCAAGUGUUCGGAAAAGUCGUCCUUCCCGAGACUAACGUCAAUAUCACCAAUGAGGUCGUCGUCACUUCUCAUACCGAGGAGCUCGAGCAUAUCUCGAGCUCGGCUUCUACGGUGUCGUCACAUCGUGAAUCUGCUGUUGAUGUGCCACUAAGUCAUCAGUACGUUCCAUCGUACGUGCCACAACAGCCAAAAACCCAUAUCAAUCAUCACUACCAUGAUGAUCAUCAUGUUUCCACUCAACAGCCUUCGCCAUUGAGCAAUGGAAGCAGUCAUGGAUACGCGGGAAGUUCGGCAAGCGGUGGCUAUGACGACGACGACAUCUAUCACUUGCCAGCGAAACAAGCUCGCGAGAUCCUUCGCGCCAAACAUCGAAAACACCAUCUGCACGACAUGUCUCUCAACGAGAAAUAUCAGCUUGUUAGCAACAUGUAG